AUGCCAGGCACUACUUCAGUCACGUCGAAUACGUCGAGCAACAAGCGGAAGAGGAGCUCGCCAAAGUUCUACGCCGUCAAAGUGGGCCGUACGCCGGGCAUCUACCACAGCUGGGAGGACUGCAAGGCGCAGACUGACGGCAUCAAAGCUACAUUCAAGAGCUUCCCCACCCUUACCGAAGCAGAAGCGUUCAUGAAAGGCUCGAGCAACUCCUCGCCGAAACCAAGCGCAGGAAACAAAUUCUAUGCCGUUGCGAUCGGACAUGUACCGGGUGUCUACACAGACUACGCCAGUGUGCAGGCCCAAACAAGGAACUGUGCCGGUGCGAAACAACAAAGCUUUGCAACCCGCGAAGAAGCACAGGCUUUCGUGAACGGGUUCAGGCGCGAUCCAAGUGUUCCAAUCAGUCUUCGAGGUGACCUGUCCGAGGUCUCAUCUUUGACGGCUAGUAAGGAGAGCAAAGCGAGCGAGGCUCCACAGAAGAAGCAGAAGAAGAACGAUGCAGCAGCGCCGGCUCUGACAAACGGCGAUAUCAAGUAUGAGCCUGGCUUGGGCCCACUUCCAGAGGAUGCGGAGGACGGCUUUGACCCAACGCUCAAGCUCGAUCUAGAGUCUGGCAACAUCCGCGUCAAGACCGAGGCAGAACUCAGCAGAACCAAGCUGCAGCCGACUGGUGACUUCACUGGUAUAAUCAACGUGUAUACAGAUGGAAGCGCGUUGGGAAAUGGAAAAGUCGGGGCUGUCGGAGGUGUAGGCGUCUACUUUGGCCCCAACGAUUCAAGAAACAUCUCCGAGCCUUUACGUGGCAGCCGACAGACGAACCAGCGCGCCGAGCUGACCGCCGUUGCCAGAGCUCUAGAUCACAUCCCCAUAGAUCGCUCCGCCCUCAUCCACACAGACUCGAAUUACUCUAUAAAGUGCCUCACGGAGUGGUUUCAGAAGUGGGAGAAAAACAACUGGAAGUCGUCAUCAGGCAAAGACGUUGAAAACAAGGACCUGGUCGAACCCAUCAUUGCCAGGAUCCGCGAGCGUGACAUGUGUCGAGCAAAGACAGAUUUCAAGUGGAUCAAAGGACACGCAAACGACCCGGGAAACGUUGCGGCUGAUCUUUUGGCUGUUCAAGGCUCGCGAACGAGCACUCCGGAGCUGCGCAAUGGCGAUAUCAAGACUAUCUCGGCUACGCUCAACACCUCUGCAAUCGAUUACGACUCAAAUAAUCUCCGGGAUCAGAAGCACAGCGACACAUAUACUGGGAAGAUGGAGCCGAUGAACGAGGAUGAUUGGGACAAGACCUUUGCUGAUCUAGCUGCCGAUGCGACCGCACAGGAACCUGCGACAUACGAGCAAGGAUUGCCGUCUAGUGAUAGCCAAGAGACUGCGAAGCAGGUCACGAGCGGCGAUGCGCCUGGCGUUCUGGUCAUCUUCCACCAUUUCGCCCGACAGCUCGAGUACCAGCAGCUAGAACUCUGUGUACACCCUUGUGGAUGCCUCAGCACUCGCAAGAAAGUCGCAACGCCCUCACUUGUCCGCACCAUCGUCUACAACAUCCUCGUCUAUAUCAUCGUUGCGAUCGUCACUGCGUACCUGCUCGUGCAGGCCAUGGAGGCGAUAUCCUUCCUCCUCAACCCCCACAUCGGAAUGAUCUUACAAGUCAGCUGGAUCGCUUUCCUCAUGAUGUGCGGCCUGUUUCCACCCAUGAUAUGGGAGGCCAACGGGGAGAACGAUGCCUUCGAGCCGCCACCAUUGCCGCGCAACGUUGGAUGGCUAUACAACCCAUUACCACGAUCAAGAGCACAAUAUCCUCCAUCAUGUUCUACGUCCUCGCAUACACCAUCUCCAUGA